GGUGAUGCCACUUCCGGUGGCGGAGAACGAAGUCGGCUGCCCGAGAGAAAUACUCGCAUAGCGAAGAAUGCGCGUAUUUUUGCAAGUAACGAGUUACGCCGUGUAACGAACGUCCACGGAAGAAGUAUAAAUAGUCCAAUGGGUCCAAAUAUAUGCAUACCGUUCGCGUCGAAGGUAAAAAGUAUAUAUUACUUAAGCCUUAUUGUCAACAUCGAUUAUCGGUGAUGGAAAUGAUCGUCUGCGAUUUUGGACAAUUUCCGCACUUAAAUGUUAAUUAUGACAACGAUUCGUGAUAGACAACACGCGAGAAGACGUCUUGCGGCUCUCACUUUCCUAUCCAACAUAUCACUGGAUGGUUCCCACAGGGACACCAAUCUCAAUAUAUUUAAUCGGAAGAGCGAAGCUUCCACCCGCGAACACACUCGACUAGAUAAGUUAGACGAUCGAACAUUCAAUAAGUUCAUCAGAAGAGUCUCCAACAGCGAAGAACGUUUGAGUACGGUUCUCAGGAAUGCCGAGUCCAACGACGACGGCCCGAGAGAGAGGGUGCAUAGUUUUGUAUGUGAUACAAGAGAAAGAGUGUCUUUAAGUCAAAGAAGAAGGCAAUUAUUGCAACAAAGAGUCCAUUCUGUUAGCAAUAGUAUAGAAAAUGUUGUUCAAAUUAGAAGUAGAUUGGAAGAAUGUUCCAAUAUAGAGGUUCUUAAAAGUCCCAUUGAUAAGAAAAUAUAUAAUGAAAGAGUGAUAUUAGUGUCUUCCAAGAGAGUGCCCUUUGUGGUAUUUUCAUCUCUUCCUUAUAAUAGCAAAAGUUCUUCUAAAAGCGAUCUUCGCCAAGAAGCCAUUCGCCGAAGGCACACUUCCGGGAACCGUCAGCUGUCCACGUUGAUAGACGGUCCCGAUCCGCUAGACUUGUUGCUGUUGAUGGGUUUCGAAAAACCUGCCGACGGGAAAGAUAUCUCCUAUAGUAAAUUUUUAUCUCCAUCUGGGAUGCACUGGACGCUACAGAGAAAAUGUAAGUCCCAAGAAGCCGAACACGUGACUAACUCCCAUGGUUUUACUCGCUGUUUAUCCUAUGACCCAUCUGUGUCUAAAUCAUUAAUGACUAAUAUUGUGGAAGCAAGUACAGAGAUCAGUUUAGAGAUGGAAGAUAUUCCUCCUAGUCAUCCCAUUAAAUAUCUUGUAUAUCAUCCAAACCUAUUAGAUGAUCCUGAAUUGAUUGCGGGAAAGCACAGCACUCAGUUAUCAUUUCCUUCUUACAUUACAUCUAUUAUAGGUUAUGUAAAGCCAUCUGACCUCAAAAGAGAACUGAAUGAAAAAUUCAAAGAACGUUUUCCCCCCAUACAAUUAACUCUCAGCAAACUUAGAAGUUUGAAAAAAGAAAUGUGUAAAAUUGCUCAAGAGUGUGGAAUUGAUCUUCUAACUGUAGCUCAAGCUCAUGUUUAUUUUGAAAAACUUGUGUUAAAAUUACUUAUCAAUAAGCAGAAUCGAAAAUUAUGUGCAGCGAUGUGUCUGUUUCUUUCUGCCAAGCUGAAUGACGUAAAAGGAGGAGAAUUGAAAAAUCUUCUCGAGAAAAUGGAAAAUGGCUUUCGUCUCAAUCGCAAAGAUUUGCUGAAUUGUGAAUUCGGAGUUUUGGUUGCACUAGAAUUUUCCCUCCUCCUGCCGACGUGGGAAGUGUAUCCACACUAUCAACGACUUUUGUACGAAUCAUAGCAUUUUGAGUUCCAACAUUCGCAUUUGCAGCUGUGUUAUGUUAAAUUUAUAUUGUAAAUACAAAAGUUUAUAUUAUUAUUAUGUACAGUACAUCGAACCUUGUUAGUUAGUUAUCAAAGAAUUUGAUAUUUAUUGUACAUAAGUAGACUUAAAUACACAUAGUAUCACGGGUAUUUUUUAAAACCUUUAUCGAAAUCAUUUCAUUUGUAACAAUCACUCUCUUCUGAUCCAAACUUUCUCAAAUUUAAAUGAAGGUUUUCAAUUAGCUCUAGUACGUUUUUAGUAAAUCAGAAUUUUCGAGAUGCUCAAAAUUAAUUACUUGAUAAAAAUCUAGUUAUCAGAUUUUCAUUCAAUAUUGAAAUUAUGAACAUAGAUUAGUCAUCAUGCACCUAUUUUCCUAUAAUGAUAUUUUUAACAAAGUGUAAAUAUCGUAACUAUUUUCCAUUUAUUUGUAGAUUGUAUAUUUUUGAGGCUGUGAUUGAACUUAAAAAGGGAACAUUUUUAAUUUCUAGUCAUCUUGCUUCUUCCUUACAGCUAUAGGAUUUUCCAAAGUUUUUUCUCUAAUCUCUCACUCUUUCUUGAUUAUAUUAAAAUUGAAACUAUACAAAUACUCUACAUAAUUUUUUUAAUAUUUACAUGGAUCAAUUUUUCUCUUAGUAAUUUAGUCAGAAAUAUUCUAGUUUUGUAGGUUGAGAAGUAAGAAUAAUACAAUAGAAAAAUAUUUUGAUGAUAACUAUCAAAAUAAAACCAUUUCUAAGUAUAUAAUACAUGUAUAGACGAAAAUUAUAAAUCAAUACAAAAGCGACUUUGAGAAUCGAGAGUUUUUACGUACGAACAAAGAGAAUUUCAAAUGGAGGCUUUUGUUUUGAUUUUGUUUUCAAUUAUUUUUACAAUUGUGUACAUAUUGAGAAAAUUCAAAUUUUAUUUUGAACUGGAGAAACAUGCAUUGUGAACCAAAAGCAAUAUAUUUAUAUCAGAUUAGCCCCUCCUUUAGAAAAGGAAUUGAUUAUGCAAUUUUUGAUCUUAAAUAUGGUACCUUGAUAAAAACAAUUAUAUACAUAUAUUUUUAAGUUUUUAUUCUGAGGAAGAAUAAUGUGUUCACAUAAAUUAGUAUGUGCAUAUACAAUGUAUUUAAAUAUUCUCGGCAGCUGUAUUUACUUAAAAUGAUUUAUGUGUAAUUUCUUAUUACCAUUUAUGUGUGUUUUGUUUUAUUUCGAAAGUUGCGAUUAGAGUAAAUCUAGUGUUUGUAAAGUACUUUAAAAAAUAAAAU